AUUUGGGCGUCACAGCAACGCGGCUAGCCUACUAGACUUGACCAUGUGCAUCGAGACUUGCUUAUCAGCCUCUGCCACCAAUUGCCUUUAAUACUGUCACCUACUUUAUUCCGGGGAAACAAAGAAAAAGAAUUAUGGGCUUGCCACAUUCAGCAGUCUCUGUCUUAAAACGGUUAUUAUAUGUUGAUUUGUUAGGGCCUUGGGAUUGAUACAUGUUUAGGCAUCACUGAGCGACUAGUAGGAAAGUUUAUUUCAUUAUUCCGGCGACUGCGCAAAGACAACAACCUUUGAAGUGCGAGUGAUAGUUACAUCAUUCAGGAAUUAACUUGGUAGGUGCACUCGACUCACGCACACAAACGCCACCGAUUUCGACAGAACAACGUUUCAGAUAGUAUACCAAGGUUACAUAAUGGAAGCGAAACCAGCUCAGUCAGAGGGGCCCCCUCCCUACGAUCCAAACCAUGCACAACCUGGCCAACCAGCACCGGCCUGGCACCAGCAGCCGGGGGCCGUCCCACCGCCCACAGUGGCUCAACCCGGUCAGACUACCGUCGUGGUUCAGCAUCAACCCCCACCCGUACCCCAGCAGCAGACGGUCAUCACUACCGUGGCAAUGCCGAUGAAAAUGACACCUUACCCCUCCCAGCUCCAGUGUCCGAGCUGCCACAACAGCGUCACCACAGUCACGCACAAGGAGAUUGGGGGCGCGGUGUGGUUGUCUGCGGCGGUACUUUUGCUGUUCGGUCUCUGGCUAGGCUGCUGCCUCAUUCCGUUCUGCAUUCCAGCUUUGAAGGACACCGUGCACGUCUGCCCCAUCUGCAAAUUCACCAUCGGGAAACAUUCUCAGCUGUGACCGGCUCAUUCUCAGCUGUGAUGCUUAAGAUUUUAAAAUGGAACAAUACUUCCUAAACCCAACUAAAAAAAACCACCUCUAAACUUCGUGUUCUCUUCUUUGGAAUUGGCGUAAUGACGUCAUGCACAUUUUGAUGAUUGUGCACCUGCGCUUUCCUACGUGGUAGACGGUCCCUACUUCGUCUGGCAUCCCGACUUCCCUACCAUAGGAAAGCGCAUAUGAUAAACAAAGCCAUUACGCCAUUAGGUCUCAGAUCUAUUAUAACGUCUCCUUUUCGACUAGUUGUGUAUAAUUAUGGUCUUACAUGACCAUAACAUAUUAUGUACUUUUGGUUUGCUUUUACCACAUAAUAUAUGUCUCGUAGAUUGAAAUGAAAUUAAAAUAAUCUUUUUAACUGACCAUCAUAAUUGUAGUUUUGUAUAAUAUAUUACCCAAGACUAUAAAGAAAAUAAAAUGGUUCUAAAAAUA